GGAAUCAGGCACCUAUCCAUAAAAAACAGCCCGUUAUGUCCGGAGAUCAUGGAAAAACAGAAACUUUUGUUUAGACCCGCACCUGAUCUGAGAUUGAGUAUGGAUUACCUCGACUCAUAUGGACAUCCAGUUAAUCUCCGCUGAAGCGAUUGUUUUGUUUGCUCUUGGUGCAGCUCGCUGGAAGCACGGCGCGGGCGGAUUUCAGUGAGCCACCGUGUGGACCCUUCUCCUCUGACCGCCUCGGACAAAUCAUGAGUCUGUCUGAAUGGAGGGCUUGAUGCUCACAUCUGCUUUAAUGGGGCUCUGCUGGGCCGCCGUGCACAGAGGCCGGAGCAUGCUUUACUUGAGACUGCUCUUGGUGGUCUCCAUGACGACCGCACACCCACCUGCUGAAGAUUGGCCUUUGGUGGCUACCAACAUGCCAAAGCAGUCUCUGGAGAAAGUGCCACAUUACACAGCUUCACCUUCCGCCUUACCAUCCUCUUCUUUCAAAGCCUCAGGACAGUCAAGCGAUGUCCACAAAACAUCUCUCCCUUUGCCUGACACUGAAUCACUCAAAGCCUCAGAGAUUUACUAUAGUGAUGCAGUCGACGCUAUGUUUGGCUCAACAGUCAUGCCACCUCAGAGCUACCUUUCCAGCCCUGAGCAUCUAUCUGCCUCAGCAGGUUCCUCAGACUCAAGUGAGGGAGACAGAACUAGUUCUAGAGUUUCUUCAAGAUUGUCACGGGAAGUGAAGCCUCCUGUUCCUCAAAAUGUGAACCCUUCUCCGGAAACUUUUGAACAAACUUCAUCUAGCUCAUACACACCGGCUUUAAACAUCUCUUCUUCUCACUUGCUUUCAACUGAAUUGGAUUCUCCUGAAGAACCACCUUUUCCUGCUCCCGACUUACAAACUGAAGCUGUUAUCAAUAGUAUAUCUGCCCCUGUACAAGUAGAACCCUCUAACAGAAUCAGAGACUUUGAUAAUUUACAUUUUAGUCAUGACCUAAAUAUCCAAAAUGAUGCUAAUGCAGGUGGUGACCUGUUAAAUCCAAGUCACGCCCUUUUUGGGAACCAGCAUGUAACAUCAUCUUCUGCAGAGCCGACUAUGGGCCCACCAGAAGAAUUUUUCCCAACCAACACUAUGGAUAUGGACUAUGGUUCUGGGGAUUACUUAGAAACUAUGUCCUUCAUGGGUUCUGAGGGAGAUGGCUACUCUUUGGUCACCAAUUCUCCUUCUGACAUGUAUGACUUUGAAGAUCCAAACUCUGAGUCCUAUGACACAUCUUUUCCCACAAGAAUAGUGAUACCUUUGACCACCAGGCACAUAUCUCCCAUUCCAACUAGUGUUGUUUCCAGUAUACAUGUUACUGCUUUUCACAAUCUGACAUCCAGUAUUACGUACAAUUCAACUAGUACCCCAAAUGUAACUGAUACCAUUCUUAACAGGGAAGCAACUGCUUCUGUAAAUGUACCGAGUCCUAGCUCCACUAAUUUAACCAGUAUUCCCAACAUUUUGACCCAUAUACCCAGUUACACCACCAUCUACCCAGGCAUCCCAACCAUCCAACCAACAGCAGUCCAUUCCUUGACUGCGCACUCCACUGUUUCUGCCUCCUUAAAUCAAAGUGGCUUAGUCAAAGAGAGUUCAGAGUCAGAUACUGGUUGGCCUGACAGCAUUACAGUUGAACCCACCGAUGUUCUUCUGCCUGAUAUGAAUAGUCUUGAGUACUACACCAUUCAGCUCUCUAAGGGCAAUGAAAGCUUGCCAGAGCAACGGGGCAACCAGACUACUUCCAAGCAUUUCUCUCUUGUUCCAGUAAGUACUACUCACAUAAUGGCCACUAGCACAUAUACAAUGAUGUAUGGAGAAGAGCUACAACCUGUGGACAACAACUCCUGGCCUGAAGAUUCUUCUACAGAUAUCUCAGGAUUUGAUCCAUUCAACACGACCACUCUGGAUCUAUCCGAAGUGAGACCCAGUCUAACAAAUACUACAGUGCCAUUCCUGGAUUCAUCAGUGACAUUAACUCCAUCCUUGGACUUUUCAACUUCACUGUGGAAUCUGACUUUAACUCCUGAGUGGAUUAGCACUGAAUUAGUGCCAUCUGCUAUAGCCACUAGCACCUUCUCGGUAUUGUUUGAGUCACCUACAGUGUCAGAAGAACCAGAUGUCACGGAAUCAAAUGCCACAGACAUCCACUGGUUUGUCAGUUCCACUUUGCCAGAGUCUCUUCAGCCUACCCCUACACUUAUCAGUGAUGUAUUAACCCACACUCUAAAUGUGACUACUUUGCCCACUGGAUCAGUCUUCAAUAGCACCUCCAACCUUCCUGUGACAGAGAUGGCUGACCAAGGUAUCACAGGACUGCCAUCAGAAAGCCCUUUUACUGAGGUUGUUGAUGAUGAAAUGACAACAUUUACCAACACCGAAACCCUGUCCACUUCAGUAUCUGACAAUGACAUAACUGUGACAAACCCAUCAACAAUCAUGACCUUUACAAGCCCCGUGGAUGAGGCAUCUAACACUACAACCUUGCCCAUGACAGCUAAAGAACCUUCAGUGACGACCCUAAAGGCCACUCCUCAGACCACUACUGUCCGGGAGUACCUCUGUAACAUCACCAAGCCUGACACCUACUUAGUUCGAGUUGGUUUUCCACCUGGCUCCACAGCUGGCUAUGCGAAAGCCAAAGUAAGAGAGAUCCUCAAAGCUGAAUUCAAUCGAUCAGUUGAACUGCAGGUAGUGAAAGCCCCUCCAGACUUUGUGUUUCGGGCUGUGUCUGGUCCUGUUGUCUACACAGCUAUAUCAGUCAUGAAUGCUCUGAGACAGUCCACACGUACGUCUCGCUCCAUCCUCAGUGUGUCCCCCAUCAGUCCUGUGCCAGGCCUACAGUACCACGUCCACUCUGUGCUCCAGUUUGUCCCCAGUCACAUAGAUGUGAAUGUGUGUACGUUCAGUGAGCACAUAGAGAGAGGCCUGACUUUGGCCUUUGCUGAAGUGCGCCGGCGCUCAAAGGAGUCCACUAAUUUCACUGUACAUAUCUUGAACAUCACUAUGAGCCCUGUAACUAAGAACCAAAGACAGCCGAGUGGGCCGGUGGAUAUCACCUUUGUGGUGCGUGAUGCUCGGGGAUACAUACUGGGGUCGGAGGUCAGCAGCCUCUUGAGACAGCUGAAUGUGGUGGAGUUCAGCUACUACCUGGGCUACCCUGUUCAGCAGAUAGCAGAGCCUUUCCACUAUCCUGAGCUGAACACAACGCAGUUGCUGCGCUCCUCAUGGGUGAGAACAGUGUUACUGGGGGUGAUGGAGCAGCGUGUGAGUGAUAGGAUUUUCCAGGCAAAGAUGGAGAGGAGACUGGCUCUGCUGUUGGGGGAGGGACUAGGCACGGGACGCCGUUUUAAAAGAGCCACCAGCAUAGGCAACAAUAGUGUACAGAUUGUGCAGACCACACGGAUAGCAGGGCCAGAUAACCCUCUGGACAUGAUCUACUUUGUGGAAGGAGCUAAGGGUGAGAGGCUACCUGCUGUCACCACGGCUAACCUGCUGAACAGACUGGAUGUCCAGCGUGCUGCUAUAGUGCUUGGAUACCGUAUCCAGGGCAUCCUGGCCCAGCCUGUGGAGAAGCAGGCGUCGUCGCCCUCUGAGACGGAGAACGCCAACACAUGGAUUAUAGUAGGAGUGGUGGUGCCCGUGGUGGUGGUGGUGAUUAUUAUAACCAUAUUGUACUGGAAAUUGUGCCGCACAGACAAACUGGAGUUUCAGCCAGACACCAUGAGCACCAUCCAGCAGAGGCAGAAGCUGCAAGCUCCCAGCGUGAAGGGCUUCGACUUUGCCAAGCUGCACCUGGGCCAGCACAGUAAGGAUGACCUCAUGGUGAUUCAGGAGCCAUUACCACUGCCAGUGUCCACUAAGGAGCCAAGCGCUGCUGAAAAUGCAGAGGCGUCCACACCCAAAUCCAAAGGCUCCUCUACCAAAGCCUCAAGAAACAGUCAGCAAAGGAAAGGACGGAUUUCCCCUUCGGAUGGCGAUUCAGUGGGCAGCGAUCCCUCCAGUGAUAAGGAGUCUCCCAAAGAGAACUCGAGACUGCCCAGUGAGUCCAAGCAGCCUCGCAAGAUGGCCACUAACGGAUUGAAUGGAAGAAAUAGGAUUGGUCCUCCUCCACUGAAUGGUGUAGAUGAGCAGGUGUCCUCAGCCUCCAUCUUUGAGCAUGUGGACCGGAUGUCCCGCUCGGUGGAUGGUGCCAACAAACGCUUGUCCAGCAAGAUCCAGCUGAUCGCCAUGCAGCCCAUGCCUGCCCUACCCUUACCCAAUCCUGCAGUCACUGACAAGGCUGCUGAGAAUGCCAAGAUCACCAAGGAGAUCCAGGUUGCUCUGAGACAAAAGUCUGAGAUCGAGCACCACCGUAAUAAGAUCCGUCUGAGGGCCAAGAGGAAAGGCCACUACGACUUCCCUGCCAUGGAUGAUAUCAUUGAUGGCCUGGGUGACCCCAAAGAGCAGGACCGUAUCUACCAGAAGGCUCAGAUGCAGAUUGAUAAGAUCCUGGACCCUGACAUCCACAUGCCCCCUCUCUAUACAGAACCCAAGAAAAGUGGCAGAGAGAGGCGUUCACCUAGACAGAGGAAGAAGCAGCAGAUGAAUGGAGAUCUAGUAGAUGCAGACAGAGACAGACUCAUCACCACAGACAGUGAUGGCACAUAUAAGAAAUAUCCUGGAGUCAACAACAUAGCAUAUGUGUCGGAUCCAGACCAGGGCCCUGAACCACACAGCCCGUCCCCGACUGAUGAUGUGUUUCUGGGCCCAGUGUCACCCCCACCAGGCCAUGCUCCACCUCCUCCACCCUACCUGCCCCCUCAGCCGUCUAUAGAAGAGGCCCGGCAGCAGAUGCACUCCCUGCUGGAUGAUGCUUUUGCCCUUGUGUCCCCCUCUUCACAGGGCAGCAAUGCUGGCAUCACUCUACCUGGAGUAGGGAUAAGUGGUGUGCCAUCUGUGCCCUCUAGCCCUCCAUCCCGUGGUCCGCGACCCUGGGGCCCUUCUUACCCCGCCCUCAGCCCAUUCUCUGGGAGAUAUACUGAGUUAGGCCUGCCACCUUCUACAGUAAAAGGUUUACUGCAGAGGCAGGGGCUGGGGUCCGGCUACCCCCCAGGAGAUGGAUUAGGUGGAGAACACCUGCAGACUGAGGUGCUUUUCAACAGCAGAGGUGGCUGCAUAGAUGAGCUGCCCUCCUCUGCUAGACCACGACCAGUAGGGGGCACCACAGGUGCUCAACUACACCACUUAACCCAGGUUGGUCUCUCAGGCCGUUUGAGUGAGAGCAGACAACCUGGUGGCUUAAACUGUGGGCCUUAUCACGAAGAGGACUUUAAAAGACCUGCCAACAGAGACCUUGCUCACAGCUCUUUUUCUUUUGACUACCCCCCCAUUUCUUUGUUACAGACAUCUAGAAAUGGUAUGAGGGAGCCCACUGCUCCACCUGCCCACCUGGACUCCAUCGGCCUGGGCUACCCCCCAUCUGCACCCAUGGAGGAGUCCUCUCCUCCUAACCACUCAUCCGCCUCACUCAUCAAAGCCAUCCGGGAGGAGCUGAUGCGCCUGUCUCAGAAGCAAGCGGCUGUCCCAGGCUACCACAGCUGAGACCUGGCCCUGUGUAUGGCUCCUCCGGGCCCUUCACACAGCAAUACUGCACUGCACUGUACUUCCCAUGGAAGUGGCUUUUUUGAGUGGGAAAGAAACCCUGUAAGCCCCGUAGGCCCUACUGCUCUGCCGCAAGGAGCACUGUGGUAGAUGGAGACAUUCUAAGAUACGUUAGAAAGUGACUACUUCACUGGUAGCCAAAGCUUUACCUGAUGAACAUUGAAUCUGACAAUAAAGGCCCUAUCACUUACACUCUUAAAAAUGAAAGUGCCAGAAAGAAUUAAUUGGAUUGAUUAUAUAAAGGAACCACUUUUGUUUUCCUAAAGAUGUUUUUGAUAAAACAUUUUUGAAAAACUUUUUAACCACUCUGUUUGGAAAAAAUUGGAAAAAAAAAGUUCUGCAUCCUUCAUUAUUAGUACUUUUCUCAAACUUUAAAUUCAGGCUGCCUAGUAGCAUCCAUAACACUCAAAAAAUAACUAAAAAGUUUAAAAGUGCAGUAACAGAGGUUUUAGUAACAGAAGCUACCCCUUCAGAUUAACUAAAGCUAACACUGGAGCUAGUUGCAGCAAUUAUAGAUGACCAGGAAGACUUGUCAUCUGAUAGACAAGGUCUUUCAACAAACUCUAAUGAAGCAGUAAUUAAAAUAGCAUGUCUAUGAGUGCAUUAAUAUUUAUGUUUACACACAAUAUUUUAAUGGCAAAUUUGACCUAUUAAGAUGAAUUUCAGGAAAUCUAGUAACCCAGUUAAAGUUUACCUAAACUUGAGAUUGAGCUGUGAAUGUGGUCUUCCCCAGAGUUUAAUCUAAAACUUUCAGCUUCAGGAAUGAAAUAGAAACAACACUAUCCUCUAGAUGAUGAGGAUAGUGUGUCAGGUAUUAUACGUUCCCCAGUAACACUUAUUAGUCUGUUCAUUUCCAUUUCUCAGGCUAUUAAUUCUGCCUAAUUUCCUGCUGCCACUGUUUCUCAUUGAGAGUUUAAAGAGUUCUGUCAAAGUUUUUUCUUCGUUUGAUGGAUUAUUUUGCGAAUGGUAAAUAGAAAUGUACUUGCUUAGGGAACCAAAAGUGGUUCUUCUAUGGCAUCUUUCCAAAGAAUCCUUUUUGGCACCUUCAUUUUUAAACUACUCUGUGACGUCACUGCCCCAUUUCGUCUCUUGGCCUCUUCCACAUCGCAGAUGAAUGAAGCAACUCUGUUCUCAAGCACUGUAUAGAAACAAAGGAAGAACACUCUUUGAUUCAGUACUGGACUUGUACAUUUUCUCUUGUUUUUACAUUCAAGAUGUUUACCUUACUUAGUGACGCGUCAUGACAACCCAGAAUCUCUGGUAGCAAUUAACAAUUGCGCUCUUUCUGCAUAGCCUUUGAGGACUACAGCCAAAACAUGACCACCACACAUUCCUUACCACUUUUACUGCUGGAGGUGGUGUGUGGUGUGUCUGUUUGUAAGGAGUUGUAUUGUUUUUUUGCUUUUUCUCACUGCCUUUGCAUUCGAAUAAUCUUUCACCAAGCCUAUGGUCAGUGAAUAACGCUGAUACCUUAAAGAAAUGCUUUGUACCAGCAUCUGUUACUUUAUCAUGCACUAUUUUUUCUUCUUAGAUUUUGAGUAAUGGUUCUCCCCCUGGGCACCUCCCUACACUCUGUCCUCCUGUGGUGCUAUUAUUAUUUUUCUUUUCUGUUUUUUUGUUUUCUGGCCAUGAACCACACAUUGCCUUCAGCUGUAAGAGAAAUGAGCUCUUAAUCCAUCUAUAAAUGUCAGAACAAAGGCAGAUACACCUGAAUCUCACACAGAUGAGGGUUAUACUUACAAGUCCCAGAAAUACUGUAGCUUUCAAGAAGUACUCUCUGUAUAUUUGGUACGCAAUCGUUUAGUUAUUGAGACCCGCUGCAUAGCUUGUUGUUCUAGAUAGCGGUUCAGAGUGUCUAAAUCAAGAGUUUGCAAAAGGAUGCACAAGGGGACAGCGUCAUUUGCUCUGAUGCUAACCCGAGAAUGAUUGGUCUGUUUUUCUAACCCUUUUUUUUUCCUUUUUUUUUUUUUUUUUGAAGCUGAACAAAUUUAGCCCUUUAAGAGUCGGUGCUGAAAGAUGCUGAAUCAUGCAGUUCUUUCACCUGAAGACAUGCUGCACUGUCAGUAACUGAACAUUAAAACAUGAACAUUAAUUAAAGCACGUUUCAUUAAAUAAAACAUCACAUGAGGACUAUUGCAAGGAUAUUAAUUCUAAAUAGAAUGAAUUUGGUUUGAGGACCAAAGUAUUACGACACUGAAGUUCUGAUUAACAUGUUGUCUUUUGUUCUAGUUUUGAUUGCUUUAGACUGAAGCAACGAAGCGAUGCAGUGCUCGAAACUACAUUCCAGUAAAGGUGUUUGACACAAUUUACCGUAUUCAUUUACACUAUAUUUACAGUUCAGAUUGUUUCCAUCAAGCUGUCAUUGAUUAACUGACUAUAUACUCCACCAUUCACAGUGUUUAGUGUGUGUAUUAGCAGAGUUCACUAUUCAGUUGCUUUUCCAGUAGUAUUGAACUUGAGUCUGAGACAGACUCAGUCUGUGGUACUGACCCUCACUGUACCUUUCUGUACCUUAUUUUGUGCUCUAAAAUGUGUUCCUGCUUUUCCCAAAUAUCCUAUGUUGACGUUGACAACUGAAGUACUGUUUUGGCUGUUUUUAUUCAGUUUGCAGGAAAGAAAAAAAGAAUUCUGCUUCUGUUCUGAAUUGUUUUGGGUUCUGUUGUUGUUUAAAUAUUAGUUUUCUGCUUUGUAUUUUGUUGAAUUUGUUGGUUUGAUGGAACUCCCUCUACCUGUAGUUUGAAUUUUUUGAUUCUUUAUUUAAAUAACAUUAAAAAAAAUAAUAACUCCUUCA